AAUGGACAAAGGGCAGAGUCAACCACCAUUUUGUACCACUCAUUGCAACAAGAAUCGACAAGUCCAAAAGGUUAUCAGUGAAGCAUAUUUAAACUCAGUCGUCCAUAGAAGUGUGCGCUAGUGACUGCAAUACUACGAAAAGCAAAAGGUAUGGACGUUGACACUAGCCUGAAAACCGUCGGGGAGUUGGGAAGGUUGCAAACCGCAAACUUUCUCCUCUUUGCAGUCUGCAUAACAUUUGCAUCCAUCCAAAGCAACUCCAUAGCGUUCACGAUCGACCAAUCGGUGGAGCACUACUGUAAACCACCGCCGGGCUUCACAGCCAAUCAGACAUCACCUCUCAUCAACAAAGAUGGCCGAGAGGCAUUUGCCGGCUGUGAGAUGUACGAUGUGCUGAACGGGACUCUUACGAAUAACCUGACGACUUGCCAAUAUGGCUGGGAGUACCCGUCUGAAUACGGAGCAACGAGCAUUGUGACUGACCUUAAUCUCGUGUGCAGCCGAAGCCUCUUAGCUGGUACUCUGAUGUCGAUGCACUUCGCCGGUUUCCUUGUCGGCUGCUUCGUGACCGGCCAAGCGUCCGACAUGUUUGGUAGGCGCACGGUUUGCAUGACAUCGUUGCUCCUUAGUAGUCUCCUCGGCAUGUCCAUUAGCUUCAUCUGGAAUCUUGAGCUCAUGAUGGCUGCCCGGUUUCUCCUUGGACUGGUACUCCCGGGAAACACCCUCGUAGUUUUUGUCCGAAUAGUGGAGAUGUACUCGACAAAGAAUCGUUUGCUUGCGAACCUGCUCGUCACCUUUGGCUGGGUCCUCGGUCUGAUGCUGGUGGCUCCUUUGGCGAUCCUUCUGCCCAACUGGAGGGACCUACAGCUUGUAGUGUCUCUGGCGUGCAUCCCACUGCUGCCAUUACAUUGGUUUUUCUCUUACGAAUCUAUUCGCUGGCUAGUUCAGAAAGGUCAAGUGGACAGGGCGGAGUCCAUUCUACAAAAGAUUGCCAAAUCCAAGCACAUCAACUGCGAUGGAGGCUUCCUUUUGUCGAAGCCGAACGAAGGUAUCGGGCUUAACGAAACGGACUUGUUGACAGCUGAAGAAGCAGACGGCAAAGGAGACACGUCUCCCGCUGCAGACAGUGGAAUAAACAAGAUAGUUUGCACUCAAAGAAGGCGACACUACUCUGUUCUUGACCUCUUCAAGACGCGGACUCUCGUCAAGUACUCCCUGAUUAUAUUUCUCUGCUGGUUUGUUAUGAACAUGUUGUACUUCGGAUUCAUGGUCUACUCUACUAGUCUGGCUGGAAAUAAGUACCUCAACUUUUUCCUGUUGGCCCUCGUUGAGGCACCGAUGUCUAUUGUGAAUUUCUUCAUCCUUAAAAGGUUUGGCCGUAGAAGGCCGCUGAUCAUUUUCUUCUUCGCGUGUGCUGUGUUUUGCUUUAUCGCAGGGUUCCUACCCACUAAGACAGCGCAAGGUACAGAUCUCGCUGCGUUAAUUGUUGCCAUGACCAUGCUGGGCAAGUACUUUGCCGGUGCUACCUAUGAGGUGACUAUGCUGAUAGGAGCAGAGGUGUUCCCAACAGUAUUGAGAAAUAUUGUAACUGGGAGCUCGGCAACGGUGGGCAAAACGGCUACAAUCAUAGCUCCGUUCAUCGUGCUGUUGAAAGGUGUGGUGAGCUUCCUGCCCAUGACCAUAUUUGGCACGCUCUCGCUGGUAGCCUCUCUAUGUGUGUUCUUUCUUCCCGAAACCAGGAACAAACCCCUGCCAGAGCAGUACGGAGACACUGACAAGUUAGCCCAAGAUCGAGAGAGCGCCAUCUAGUGAACAAUACUGGACAUCAA